UAUAUUGUGGGAUUUGUGGUCUUAACUCUGUUAAAUUCAUCGGCAGUGUGUUGUACAAAAAUACAAAUCCCAGAAUACAGUGCAGUUCUACUGUUAAGAUCACAAAUUUUGCCUUUAGGCUGGAAAGUUUUGGUGGAACUGACUUGUCGACGAAAGGACAGGAAAGAGGUGAUGACAUGUUGAACAAAAAGGCUGGCCCUGUUCAAAUCGUUCUGGUUCACAAAGAUGAACACUCAUUUGAACUGGAUGAAAAAGCACUGCAAAGCGUUUUGCUAGAAGAAAACAUACGCGACCUUGAUGUGGUGGUGGUAUCUGUGGCAGGUGCCUUCAGAAAGGGCAAGUCAUUCCUCUUGGAUUUCAUGAUUCGUUACAUGUACAGCAAGAGCAACAUCACUCAGGACUGGCUUGGGAAGGAUGAUGAACCCCUGACAGGAUUCUCGUGGAGAGGAGGUUCAGAUCCUGAAACCACUGGUAUUCAGAUCUGGAGUGAAGUUUUCAUUGUUGAAAAGUCAAAUGGAAAAAAGGUGGCAGUACUCUUGAUGGACACCCAAGGAGCAUUUGACAGUCAGUCUACUGUAAAGGACUGUGCAACAAUAUUUGCCCUUAGUACAAUGACCAGCUCAAUUCAGAUAUACAAUUUAUCUCAGAAUAUCCAGGAAGAUGAUCUACAACAGUUACAGCUCUUCACAGAAUAUGGACGGUUGGCUAUGGAUGAAAUUUCCUCCAAACCAUUUCAGUCUCUGACAUUUUUGUUCAAGGACUUUUCAUCCAAAGGCCUGGAGGGUGGACGCCCUUUCAUUCACAAAAGGAUCCAAGUGAAGGAACAUCAGCAUGAAGAGAUCCAAAAUGUCCGCAAGCACAUUCAUUCAUGCUUCACUGAUGUCAAGUGUUUCCUUUUGCCCCAUCCCGGGAUGAAAGUGUCAACUAGUCCCCACUUUAAUGGAAAACUAACAGAUAUCGAAGAUGAGUUCAAAUUGCAUCUGAAGGAUUUUAUUCCAAUGGUGCUUGAUUCAGGCAAUAUUAUGGAGAAAGAAAUCAACGGAUCCAAAGUUACUUGUCGUGGGCUGCUGGAAUAUUUCAAGACCUAUCUUAGACUUGAGCAAGCUGAACCAAGGCCUCAUGUAGAGCUGCUGUUACAGGCCACAGCAGAAGCUAACAAUUUGUCUGCAGUAGCGGCAGCCAAAGAUAUCUACUAUGAUGGUAUGGAGCAGGCCUGUGGUGGGGACAAGCCCUAUGUUUCCCCAGCUAUUUUGGAUGAAAAGCAUGUACAACUUCAUGACAAAGCAAUUGAACACUUUAAAAAGAUUAAGAAGAUGGGAGGCAAAGAGUUCAGCCAGCGCUACCAGGAUGAACUAGAGAUUGAGAUUGUUGAAAUGCAUGCAAAUUUCUCCAAACACAAUGAAAGCAAGAACAUCUUCAGCACCUUCCGCACACCUGCAACACUGUUUGCAGUAAUAGUAGCAAUGUAUAUGAUUUCUGGUUUAACAGGAUUUAUUGGCCUUGAUAUUGUUGCACAGCUGUGUAACUGUAUCAUUGGAUUGCUGCUGAUUGCCCUUCUUACCUGGGGUUAUGUCAGAUAUUCUGGUCACUAUCGAGAACUUGGAGGAGCCAUUGAUUCUGGAGCUGAUUUCAUUCUGGACAGGGCCUCUGCCCAUAUGAACAUUCCUGUGGGUGGAUCGAUGAAAAACAAAACUCAGACAGCAACACAGAACACGACAAUGCAAAAGAAGAUUACAUAAUAAUUUAUUUUUUUUGCCAAGGGUGGUGGCUUGGUGUACAGUAUUCAUGUGGUACUGGAUUAGGGAAGUUGUUAGCGACUUUAAACCUGAAGUUGUGUACAGACACAAGAAGGCAUUAUUUUGGCACUUAGUAAAUAUUUCUACACCAGUAUCCGUUUUGUACUGUAUCACAACAGACUGUGUUUUCCAUUUUUUGCUAAACCAAUGGCAAGAGCUUUAAAACUCUUUAUUAUACCAUAAUGUGCCUUUGUAUAUAGACCUUAAAACUCAUUUUAAUAGUGGUCAGUAAGCUGUGCGUAAAGUGUGUCACUGUCUCUGUUUUCCUGAAAUAGCUAGGAUUUUUUUGACUUCAUACACUGAACAGUAUACAUACAGACUAGUGAGAUUGUAAAUUUGCAGUAACCUAUCCCGUCCAAUGAAAUGACUGAAACUGACUCAGGAUAUAAAAAUAAAAUAUUUUAUUAUGUUCUCUCUUGGCACCAGUCUAAGUCCUGCUCUUUGACCUAAAAAUUAAUUUUUGGCUUCAGGAAUGAUUUCUGUUUUGAGAUGCCCAGCUGAGAAGGAGAAUAAUGGCCUUGCUGCUUAAUAAAAUGUUUUUGAAUUAGAUGUUGGUCAGUUGAAGUAAAAAUGUUUAGCCAUGUGUAUUAAAGAACAUGUUAAAAGCUAUUUAUACACAAAAUUAAUUGUAAACAAACUACAAAAAGGUGCUAUAUGCACAGGGUCACUCUUUUUAUCUUACUUUGCACUGCUUCAUAGUUUUAUUAUUCCUGGCAAUGCUGCUACCAUAUCUAGUGCCAAGAACAGUGUUCUGUUCCUCUCUUGUUUCAUGUUAGGUAGAAGAGCUGUCCAUGCAGCCUUGCGUUGUGGCCUUUGUAACCCAUAUUAAUGACCAAAGAAAUUCUAAACCUCGUCAUUGCACAGUAGUUAUUCAUUCUCCCACAUUUACCAAACCUAUUAUUAGCAUGCAUUGAUAAAAGUGGGUUUGCUGAUAUUGGUAGUGAAACGCUUCGCUUUGUUGUACUACCAAGUUCCAUUUUUGCAGUAGUUUUAGUGAUAUAGGAUUUUUAUCAGAUUAUUGAAAAAGUAUAUUUUACCUAGUUUUAACAAGUAAAAUGUAAAUUAUGCCUUUCUGAAAAUGAUUCAAGUAUAGAUUCUGUUAAUGAGUCUUAAGACAGUCUUGAAGAAUGUGUAUACUGCAUCCCAGAGUAAUUUGUUUGUACCUGAACAUGUUAUUUGUAACACUGCAGUUUGACAUGACUUCAGUUACUGCUGGCUUUGGUGACAAAAAGUCAGUGCAGUUCUUCUAAAUAAAGAAAUAAUCUAA